AUGUCCAUGAAUAAGGCACUGUGUGAUUUAGGAUCAAGUAUCAAUUUGAUGCCUUUAUCUAUGAUGAGGAUGUUGUCUAUAGAAGAAGUAAAGCCUACAAGGAUGACCUUGCAACUUGAUAAUAGAUCAAUGGUAAUCCCUAAUGGAGUGGUUGAAAAUCUCUUAGUCAAAGUGUGUAAGUUCAUAUUUCUAGCGGAUUUUGUGAUCUUGCAUUUAGAUGAAGAGGAAGGCGAUUCUAUCAAAUUAGGAAGGCCUUUCCUAGCUACAACAAGGGCCAUCAUUGAUGUGGAGAAAGGAGAAAUGACUUUGAGAGCACAUGAUGAGUAG